AUGGUCAUGCUAUCGAAAACGUACCCGUCGUUGCCGACGACGCAAUUCGUUUAAAGAUAACGGUCACUCUUGGAUAAGAACCAAAUUGACGGUCCAGCCAGCCUCGACUGGUCGUUACGUUUUUGGCGAAACUGAGGAAGAACCGGAAGAACGCCAUUUUGCUCCAUGGGCAAACAGGCACGGCGCUUCUCCGUUUACCUUCAGAUGGUUGGUUGGACGCUGGCCGGCCUCAUUUCCCUUCUUCAUUUUCAGUUUUAUCCCAUUCCAUUAAAGUUUUUCCCUCAUUCAGAAAAAUAGCAUGAGAAGAAUUUUUUUCCCAGAUCUCUGUAGACUUGGUUUGUUUUUCAAAUUCUUUCGCAAUGUCCUUUUUCCAGUGCUCGGUGGUGUUCAGCACUCGCCGCCCAGGAAUUAACAACAGAGCCGCACGGUCCGCCUGUUUUCUCCUAUUUUUGAACGUGUUCGCCGACGACCGCCAAUAAAAACCUUGCAAAAGCUUUUCCACCUUUCAUUUCAUUCCAUCCAUACCGGCUUAGGGGUAGAGCGUAGAAAAAGUUGCCGAACGGCGUGUUUGAACAUCCAUUUGAGAAGCAUCCUAACGGGCGUCUUAAUGGCAUGUCCCUUUACAGAUUGCACCAUUUAUCGUCGUUUACGCUCGUUUCUCUUUGCGUUUUAAUACAAAGUCGAUGAAUGGAGCCAGUUUUAGUCGAUUCCCACCAUGACCGUCGAGGAGGAACAGCAGCAGCCAAUCGUCAAGAUGCGAGGCGAGCGACAGCCGCUUUCGGCCACCGCCAACACCAACGCCCAGGUUCACUCGGCUUUGGCCCGAGGCCUCGAGGCUCUCAAUGAAGGCGAGAUCACCGAAGAAACUGAAGGUAACUUUUUUAUCAAGUCAAAGUUCAAAGAAUCGCUACUGUAAUUUUCCCUUGAAGAUAGAAUAAAGAGUAAAUUAUCCAACUUUUUCCAGAAAUUCGCAAGCUUGACACUCAACUCGACCACUUGAAUGACUACAUGGCCAAGAUGGAAGAAAGACUCAAGGUACCACUGUCUGUAUAGCUAUGAAAUCAUCAAACCCAUGAUUCAGGCUCACAACGACAGAAUGCUGGAAACCCUGAAACAGCAAAAAGAGGAGCGCGAGAAACGACGACGCAGUUUCCAUGAGGUAUCCUUCAAUCCUCUCUUAAGAAGAGCAACCCUUUGAAAAUUUAAACUUCGAUUCCAGCGCAUGAACCAGACCCAAGGAGAAGACGAAGAGUUCCGAAAGCAGAUGGCCAAUAUCUUGAAGAGAGUCGAAUCUGUUCGCCAAUCGCAAACCAACAACGUCAAGCAAUAA